AUGGGCUCCGAAAACCCCGAGGAAACAACAAUCGGCAUUGCCGCCCUCCUCUUCGCCGUCGUUCAGACCAUUGCUGCGCUCGCCCAGUACAUCUCCGUUAGCAGUCGAUGCAGCAGACGUGUGAGCGGCGUGUUUGACCUCACAGCAGGCUUUUGGUUCCACCUUUCCUCGCUGUCGUGGAAUCCGCAAUAUCGAAUGUCGGUGCUCACCAUGCCGGGGUUGCGGUCUGAGCCAGUGGUAACCAUGGAGAGAGACCCCUCCAACGCCGAGUUCAGGCCUGGGAAGAACUACGACAAGAAGAGAAACUAA